ACUAUAUAACGCGGGGCUGCAAGUCAGCUGACCCAGAGUUGCUUUGUAUGCAAAAAAAGCGCGGGAAAAAUUGUGCAACUUUGAAGUUUAGUACUGCGGUAAAUAAAAAUAAAAUUUAUAACUUUAAAAAUGGAAAACAUUACUGAUGCUAAAAAAUAACAAAAUAGUUCGUGUUUCGUGGAACAUAACUUACAAAUAGAGGAGACUAGUGAUGAAGUUUAAUUGCAAACGUGUUGUCUGAAACUUCUAUUAUUAGAGACUUUUAACCGUUUUUGCUCCUUUUUGCUCCAUUUCGAAAAAAUAACGUUUUUAUAGCUAAGUAUGAGUUUACGCGCUCAGAGCUUCUAGACGUAUGGGCAAGCAACAAUCGCCAAGCAGACGCGGUGAAAUUGUUUAUGAUUGAAAAAAUUAAUAAUAAUGUGGAUGAAAAUGUAGAAAACAGUAUUUCUACCCAAGUAGCCCAGUUUAUUGCUUUUGUUAAAAGAUAUUUGCCCAGAUGUAACCGUAAUCUGCAUAGAUUCAAAGCAACACAUUCACGGUGGGUCGGGGGCAAAAUAUUUAUCAACUUAAAAGAAGUUAAGUCCUCGCAAGAUAAAGCUGGCCGUAAAGAACUUACUUAUGAAGAAGCAGGCAGUCGGCUGAAGAGAAAAUUAGCUUCUGAUCUUGCAAGUCAAGAAGAACACACAACCCAACUGUUUAUACAUGCUGCAUCGGUUUCAGCAAAAAAAUGCAAAGAAAAUGAUAUGGCAUUCGUUCUACGAAAAACAAUGCACAGUGAGAAUGCGAGUGAGAUAAGAAAGAAAAUAGAAGGAAAUUUACCAACUUCUAUAGAACCAUCUGAAGCAUUGGCUUUUCUUAUUGAAAACGGGUUAACAAAAGAGCAGUAUGGAAACAUUAAGUUGAUCUGUAAACAACACGGAUGUGAUAUUUUCCCAUCUUAUUUGGAAGUAGUGAAAGCUAAGUUGAAAUGCAGGCCAAAUGGAAUAUCAAUUUGUGAAAAAAAAGCGGAAGUGCCUUUGCAGAGCUUACUAAAUCAUACAGCAGAUCGGAUUCUAAAGCUGCAAGAGGAUGUUUUAGAAGUAGUUCCAAAUGCAACGCACUAUAAAUUAAUAGUGAGCUACGGUUUCGAUGGAUCAACUGGGCAAAGCAGUUAUAAGCAAUAUUUUCAGAGUGAUGAGUUCAAUACUAUGGAUCAUUCCCUUUUUGUUUCCACAAUAAUUCCCCUAAGAUUGACGGAUGAACAUAACCGAAUAAUUUGGCUCAAUAGAACACCGCAGUCAAUUAGAUUUUGUCGACCUUUGAAAAUCGAAUUUGUUAAGGAAACCACAGCCGUUAUAUUGAAUGAAAAAAAUAUUGGGAGGAGCAAAUAAGAGGUCUUAGUGAGCAUAAAUAUAUAUAUAAUAACAACACAAUAUAUAUCCAGUAUGAUAUGCAUCUGACCCUUAUUGAUGGAAAGGUUUUGAAUAUUGUAACGGGUACAAAUUCGUGCCAAUCAUGCCCUCUAUGCGGGGCGAAACCAAAACAAUUGUUAGAAAUUGCUGAUUUCAACUCAGCGUGUUUUAAAGUGACUGAAAAAAAUCUUAAGUAUGGAUUAAGCCCACUUCAUGCUUGGAUAAGAUUUUUAGAGUUUGUGUUAAGAAUAUCUUAUAAAAAUGAUUUAAAGAAAUGGCGCAUAAAGGAAGCAGAUAAAAAUCAAGUCGCAGCACGGAAGCAACAAAUACAAGAAAAGUUAUGGCUGGAAAUGGGUCUUAUAGUUGAUAAACCCAAACAGAACGGUAGUGGAAGCAGUAAUGAUGGAAACACCGCCCGAAGAGCGUUUUCAGAUCCUAGAAAGUUUUCUGACAUACUAAAUCUGAAUUAUGAAGUUAUCAGGAACUUUCAUAUAAUAUUAAUUGCUAUCUCAUCCGAACAUUAUAUAAAUAGCGAUAAAUUUAGAGCUUUCUGCGUCCGUACAUUUGAAAUAUAUAUGAAUAACUAUUCUUGGUAUCCCAUGUCCCCAACUGUGCACAAAGUUUUGAUCCAUGGAUACCAAAUAAUGGAUAGCUGCAUAGUUCCUGUUGGUGCUC